AUGGGAAAUUCUCAUGCCGCAAGAAAAUGCAUUUCUGAAGAAAUCGCUGAGUAUCUGGAGACAGCAAAGCGCAACUACUUAGAAAACUAUGAAAAUCCUGUUAAAAAACCAGCGUCUUUAGAUGAAUUUAAACAACUGCGAACCUUGGGCACAGGAUCUUUUGGUCGUGUUAUGCUUGUACAGCAUAAAAAGACAUCCAACUUUUUCGCGUUAAAAAUCCUUGACAAAGCAAAAAUUAUAAAACUUAAACAAGUUCAACACACACUUAAUGAGAAGAGGAUUUUACAAGCCAUCGAUUUUCCUUUUCUGAUUCGGCUGGAAUAUAGUUUCAAGAAUGAAGUUUACUUGUUUUUAGGACUGGAAUACGUCUCUGGGGGUGAAAUGUUUUCCUACCUGCGAAGAAAGGGCCGAUUUAGUGAGUCUGCAGCGCGUUUUUACGCAAGCCAGGUCAUAUUAGCUCUCGAAUACUUACACUAUCUUGACCUAAUAUAUCGAGAUCUGAAACCAGAAAAUAUACUUUUGGACCCAGUUGGAUAUAUAAAGAUUGCUGACUUUGGCUUUGUUAAACACGUGAAAUAUCGAACAUACACACUGUGUGGUACUCCUGAAUAUUUAGCUCCAGAAAUUAUUCAAAGUAAAGGUUAUACAAAAGCUGUCGACUGGUGGGCAACUGGUGUAUUAAUUUAUGAAAUGGUCGCUGGUCAUCCACCGUUUUUUGCAGAUGAACCAAUAGAAAUUUAUGAACGUAUAGUUAUCGGGAAAAAAAUGCAGCAAAACAGAGUAAUUCAUGUUAUUUGCUCUCCGAUAAAAUAUAUGAAUUUUAUUUUCGAUACUAAAGUACCAAACAUGGACUUAUUCUUAGAAUGUUUUUUGCAAUCUAAAGAAAAGUGUAUAUUGAGAAAUAAAAAUGAAUGUCUCAUAUUACACGAAAUCUGAUAUUCAAUUAAUCAUGUUUUAUUAUGAAAACAAACGAAUUAUACAAAAGAGUUCCAUUUGAUUUUAAGAGUUCACCUGGAAUCCAAUAACUCUGAUAGUUAAGGAUGUUUAUUGAACUGAAAUCUAUAUUAUAGGGUCUUAAUACUUUGAAAAAAAGUGAAAUGUUUAGUAAAAUAUUGUACAAAAUUUUCAAAUAUAUGAAAAAUUCAUUAAAUUAUAUGUUAUCUCAUAAAAUAUAAACUUAACACUUUUCAAAGUUCGAAUAUCACUGAAUUCCAUGAAAAACCUUCACAAAUGUUUGAAAACAAUCUGGAUCUAUCUUAUUGAUUUAACAAUAUAUUCCUGUCGAAAUAACCAAAAUAACUCUCUGCUGUGGCUAAGCCAUUAAUUUUUCCAUAAAUAUUUUUUAAAAUUAAAAACCGAACUUAAUUCAGCAGAAAUAGGUGAGAAUAAUUGAGCUGUAUUACGAGCUGAAAUUUAUAACAGUUUUUUGAUGUCUUUUUUAUGUAGUUGCGUUAAUUCUCCCCUUAUUGUCUUAGUUUAUUAGCGAUUGUUGGUUCACAGUUUUUAAGAAAACUAGAUAAAUAUGUGUGUUAAUAUAUUCUGUUCCUGUUCUGUCCCUGAUAAGUAAGUUUCACUAACGAAUUUAGUGAAAUAACUUACUUAGAUAGAUUUAUCAAUAUUUAUUUAGAUAAAUGCCUGUAUUAUAUUUAUUUAAAUAUUCAGUACAGAUUCAAGGUAUCUCGUGUUCAGAACUGUAUCAUAAAUGAGUAGAACAAGAUUUUAUAUAUUAUUGACUACAAGUAAUCUGAUAGGUAGUGGUUAAAACACAAAAUUCUAUGAUACUCUGUAACACAAUUUCACUUUUCAUGAUGUUCAGAAAGGUAAGAACAACUUUAGUAACAGUUUGAUGUAGAAAACACUUUUUUACGAAAACAAUAAAGGCUUGUUGGUAUUCUCCAUUAUCUCUAACGAACCUGAGGUACAUCUGUGAUGAGAUAAUAACCAUGCAAUGCUGAGGCAUCCUGUGACAUUAUAAAACAGCCACCAUAUGGUCAAUAUUUUUUAAUGAUGGCCUUAAUUAAAGCACGGAAUAAUUAUAUUAGGUGUUUCAGAUUUUAUCACAUUUACUGAUGUAUGUUUUCAAUGUUUUCAGCUAGGUAAAAGCUAUUCACUAGUUAUUCUGUAGAUGUGAUAAAACUAUCGAAUAAGACUGUUUUAUAAUAAGCUUUCAUCAUAAAAGUCACUAAUGAUUAACAUAUUCAGUGUCAUCUGGUCAAAACAAUUACGAAUAGUGUACUUAGUAUCGGUCCUAUGAUAUUUUCUCUGAGUCCUGAAUGUGCCAACAUUAGUUUUAAUAAUAUAGAUUAACAUUUUGCACUAAAAUUACUGAUAUGCAUGUAUCUCAUCAACAUUCCUCUGUCUGAUUUUGUUAAACCAUUAUUUAUGUACUUAUAUAUCUUAUUCAAUAUGCUAUCUCAAACCGUCUACAAUGUUGUUUAUUUAUCGAACUGAAUUUUCAUAUUUUGCGUUAUGCUAAAGCUACACAAGAUACAUGUCUUCACCCGCUUAGAUGUUAAUACGGGUUCGUUAAUAUUCGUGGUGAGCUUGGCAAGUAAUUGCAUCAACACAAAAUAUUACGUCUUAUCAGCUAAAUCACAGGUUAAUAGAAAUAAGAAUUUCUGUUUAGUCAAAGGAGUUUUACCAUUUAUUGUUUAAAUAAAGCAUUCUACAUUAUAGUGAGCUGGAGCUUAGCUUAGUUAUUGUACAUUCUAGUUGAUAAAUUGUUUCAAAAAAUUAACCAAGUGUCAAGCAUUUCAAUCUCUGAACUUGAACAUAAAGCUAAUUUUUUAAAUUUAAUUUUCUCAUGCAUCAUCAGUUUCAAAUUUAACAAUUGGAUUCGUAUGCUGGUUAAUAACUACAUAAUAAUUCCUUGUGAAACGUAUAUGGCUGAUCCAUAUAUGCACACAUAAAUAUAUUUAUCUUAUGAAUUUGGGGAUACAGUGUUUCAUAUAAUAUUCCACUUCUCAAAUGUCAAACUCUUACGUUUAUGCAUUAUUGAUAAACGUUUCCCAUGAAACAUGCAAAUUACAAACUUGUUAAUUAACAAAAGCUAUAAAAUAAAUUAAAAUAAGUAUUUUCAUUAAUUUUGUUCUGACAGCUUUUUCUUUUAAUACGUUGAGUAGUAAUUCAUUAGUUAAAGUAACUAAACUUUCAGCCACUUAAUCACGAGCUCUGCUUCUAUUUCUUUUACUUCAUAUUAUUCAGCUUUUUAGAUUCAGUAUUACUUAAGUUUAAGCAUUGGUUCAGAUGUAAGUGUAUGAACCAGUACAUAAUUGCUUAGUUAUUUUCAACACCAAAUCUCUUUACAAAAUGACUUUUUUUAAUAGUUCGUACACUUCUCUUAAUCAUACACAAAAUCGUGUGAACUAGAUUUAUAAAUUUACAACCGGUUGGUCACUCUCCUAGUCGUUGCUUUGAAUACUCUAUUAAUCCUUAUUGUAAUUGUAAAUAAAUUCAAAAAAAUUUUAGAAUAUAUUGAUUGACCUUUAAAAAUUUACGAUGGUUAUCAACAUUCACAUUAAGAAUUAAAAGCACAUAUCAAUCAUUCUUAUCAUUAAAACGUACUUAUUAUUCAUUCUUAUUUUACUUUCAGUAUAAAUUUCCUUCUCACUUCAGU